AUGCUAACAGAAAGUUCUUUGCAGAAGAUCCCAUACAAUUUCAUUAGGAAAUAUGGUGGUGACAUGCCAAACCCAAUGUUUCUCAAGCCUCCAGAUGGCACUGAAUGGGAAAUAUUUUGGACUAAACAUGAUGGUGAUGUUUGGCUUCAAAAGGGUUGGAAAGAAUUUGCCAGAUAUUACUCCCUAGAUCAUGGUCAUAUGGUCUUGUUUGAAUACAUGCAAACUUGUCAUUUUGAGGUACACAUAUUUGACAAGAGUACCCUUGAAAUAGAUUAUCCUUUGCAUGUCUCUCAAGAUGUACAAGACAACUUUGACCAGAUUAGUGAUGAAGACUCAAUUAAAAUUUUGGAUGAGAUACCACCAUGCCAUAAGACGAGAGAAAAAUCACCAAUGUUUUCUCCUCAACCACGUAAAAAAUCAAGGACUGGCACAAGUGGAGAUGUUAAGAGAAGAUCCCCUGAGCAAAAUUUGCCCCAUCAUGUCCAAACUGAAGGCAAAAACUUUGAGAAGUCUAAAUUUUCAUCAGUAAAGAAAGAAUCUGAUGGUGAGACGGCAACUCACUGCCCCUUCACAAAUGGAGCAUUGAAUGAAGCUAAUAAAUUUGCCUCAGAAAAUCCCUUCUUCACAAUCAAUAUUAACUCGGGAAAUAGACCGCCUGUACCAAGGGCCUUCGUCAAAGAGUACUUCAAUAAUAAGACGCAGAUUGUGAAUUUCAAGUUUGGAAAGAAAUUGUGGCCAGUAAAGUUGCUCUGUUAUAUGUUUUCUAGUGGUUGGUUCGCAUUUGCAAGAGAAAGUGAAUUGGUAGGUGGAGAUGUUUGUGUCUUUGAGCUCAUCAACAGAGAAGAUGCACGUGUACCACCAGCCUUCCUCGAAGAGUACUUCAAGAACAAGACGCAGAUUGUGAUGUUACAAUUUGAAAACAAAUUGUGGCCUGUAAAGUUGCUCUGUUAUCCACACAACAAUUAUGGUGUAUUGUCUAGUGGUUGGUCCCAAUUUGCAGGAGAAAGUGAUUUGGUAGGUGGAGAGCUUUGUGUCUUUGAGCUCAUCAACAGAGAAGAUGCAGUGCUUCGUGUUCAUAUUUUCAGAGGCUACUGUUAG